ACUAAAAAACCUGGUCAGGCAACCCCACACAUGAUCUACGAGCCAACCCGAGAGCCACUGCCUGACCUGCAGAAGCUUUUCCAGGGCUUCACCCGAAAUCCAUCUGCUGCUAUUCGGCAGGUAUCUCACCUGGUGCAGGACCCACAUUUGAACCAAAGACCCCUGACAAGUGGUGGGAGAACUUGGAUCGUUGGUGAAUGGAAAGGGAUAUAUAUGGCGACAUGGCUGACCAGCAUAUCCCUGUAGGUCAGGGUGUCCAGAUCCGGUUUAUUGGUGACCUGAAGGAAAAUGGAAAACCCAGGGGCAAGCGAUCCAAGCAAGAUUCCUACGGGGUAGCUGUACGGGUGCAAGGGAUAGACGGGCAGCCCUUUGUGGUGUUAAAUAGUGGGGACAAAGCCAAGUCUUCUUUUGGAGUACAGAUCAAAUCACAGGAACCUUAUUUAAAUGCUUCCAAUACAAGCCCACCCAACUACCAGAACUACUCAUCAAAGCCCAGAGGGCCCAGCAGAUCCAUAAGCUCAGAAUCUGAACUGCCAGAGAACCCAUAUGGAAGCAGAGGCUACAGACCAAGCAGUUCCCAUUACAGCAGUGCCUCCGAUGAAGAGCAGAAACCACGUGGUAACAUCAGAGGAAGCGAUGGAUUGUCCUCUUUACCUCGACCCUUGCAGGCAUCCCGUAGGGAAGAACUCAGACGCUCCCAGUCGCACAGUUCCUUGCUUGAACCUGACGUCGAGGAGUCCUACGACUAUGAUCACCAUUAUAGCGAGCGCUCAUCCACCCUUGACACCACUUACUCCCAGUCCUCCAGAGACUCAGCAUGGAGCCGCAGCAGCCAGAAGAAGAUAGACAAUGGUGAUUACCCAUCACUUGGCUACAGGUCUGCAACCUCUCAGCAAUCUACCUCUGUCAGUAACAAGACAAAGAAAAAUGGACUUUCCACCUCCUCACCCUCAAAUCAGUCCAACGAGGACAUUGACACCAAACCCCUGUCAUCUGUGGAUUCUUUGAUCAACAAGUUUGACAUUAAGGGCCAGGUACGAGGCAGGACGGCAAGACGGAGCCAGGCUCUGAAGGAUGAACGGAAGCGCUCUCAAAGCUUGGAUGGGCGCAAGAAUUACCAUGACACUGCUGACUCCAGAGAAAUAAUUGUUGAGAAGCAAAAUGAGGUGCAGACAAUGAGGGAACCUGUCAAUGCUAGUAACCGGUCCUUUAACAGACAGACCCUGGAAAGGGGGGAUAUCAGCAAGACCAGACUGACCAAAGAGUGGUUGGACCAAGACAGAGAAGAGCCGGUGAUUCUGAAACAGCAAAGAACUGUCCAGAGUGAAUUCCAGCUGAAAAGUACCCCAGAUCUUCUGAGGGAUCAGCAGCCGGAUGGCAAUGACCCCACUCGAGAGAUGAUCUUUGGCAUCCUUAGGGAAGGCUCACUAGAGAGUGAGAAUACCCUGAGGAAAAAGACCAGUAUCCUGCUGGAGAAGUUGCCUUCUUUACAAGUCCAACCAGGAGAGGACACCAUCUCCCUUGGAUCUCAGAAGAAAGAACUGGAGCGGAAAGUGGCAGAACUGCAGAGGCAACUGGAUGAUGAGAUGAAGCAAAGGAUGAAGUUGGAAACCUCUCAGGGGCGCCCCAAGGCCGGCAUGCAGAGGCUGGAGAUUGAGCUAGAGGAGAGCAAGGAGGAGUGCAGCCGGCUGAAGGAACUGUACGAAAAGAAGAAGAACGAGCUGAGCGCGAUGUCUCAGGAGCUCAUGGAAGUGAGAAUGGGCAAAGAGCAGGUGGAGACCAAGCUCAGAACCAUGGAGGAUAAACUUAUGGAUUCCAAGGAAGAGUUGUCCCACCUACGGGCAAAGGGUGGCACCUCCCCUGACAAACUGGCUUUAUUGAAGGAGCUGGAGGAGGUCCAAGACGAGCUGGACGAGGUCCUACAGAUCCGCCAGAAGCAGGAAGAGCUGUUGCGCCAAAAGGACCGGGAGCUGACUGCCCUGAAGGGGGCGCUGAAAGAUGAGGUGGCCAAUCAUGACAAAGACUUGGACCGGGUGAGGGAGCAGUACCAGAAUGACAUGCAGCAGCUGCGAAAGAACAUGGACAAUGUCUCUCAGGACCAACUCAGCCUGGAGUCAGAACGGCAGAAAAUAAACCAGGUGGUGCGGAACCUGCAGCGCGAGCUGGAAGAGAGCAGCGACGAGAUCAGCCAAUGGAAAGAGAUGUUCCAGAAGAACAAGGAGGAGCUGCGCAGCACAAAGCAGGAGCUCUUGCAGAUGAAGCUGGAGAAAGAGGAGUCUGAGGAUGAGCUGAAAGAGACCCGAGACCGCUUCUCCUUACUGCAGUCAGAGCUGGCACAAGUCAAGAAGGGAUCUGUAGAUCCUGGAGAAGUUGCCAGUGUUAGAAAGGAGCUGCAGCGGGUUCAAGAUCAGCUGAAACAACUAUCUGUGGACAAGCAGAAGGUGGAAGAGAACCUGCAACAGCGAGAGAGGGAAAUGUCUGCCCUGAAAGGGACACUUAAGGAGGAGGUAUCAGGGCGGGACCGUGAGACAGUCAGACUGCGGGAGCAGUUGCAGUCAGAGGUGAUGCAGGUCAAGAAAGAGAAUGAAGGUCUUGCCAAGGAAUCUCGGCGCAUUCAGGAUCAGCUGAAACAGGUGUUGCUGGAAAAGCAGAGACAUGAGGAGACUGUACACCAGAGAGAGAGGGAGCUGUCAGUGCUGAAGGGGGCCCUGAAGGACGAGGUGUCUGGCCGAGACCGUGAGACAGAGAAACUGAGGGAGCGGUUAGAGCAGGAUGCGCUAAUGACUAAGAGAAGCUACGAAGAGCUGGUCAAGAUCAACAAAAGGCUGGAGAGUGAGAAGACAGACUUAGAACGUGUGAGGCAAGUGAUCGAGAACAAUUUGCAGGAGUCCCGCGAAGAGAAUGACGAUCUCAGGAGGAAGAUCUUGGGGUUGGAGGCACAGCUGAAGGAAACCAACACAUUCUGCGAUGACCUUCAGCGGGCAGAGUCUCGGCUGAAAGACAAGAUCAAUAAGCUGGAGGCUGAACGCAAGAGAAUGGAGGACAGUCUGGGUGAAGUUGCGGAUCAGGAGCAGGAAUUGGCUUUUGUGAAACGUGACCUGGAGAGCAAACUGGAUGAGGCUCAGCGUAGCCUGAAACGUCUCUCUCUGGAAUAUGAGGAGCUGCAGGAGUGCUACCAGGAGGAGAUGAAGCAGAAGGACCAUCUUAAGAAAACCAAAAAUGAGUUGGAGGAGCAGAAGCGACUUCUGGACAAGUCCAUGGAUAAACUAACCAGAGAGCUGGAUAACAUGUCCAAUGAGUCGCGGGGAUCCCUGCAGUUGCUGCAGACCCAGCUGGAAGAAUACAGGGAGAAAUCUCGGAAAGAGAUUGGAGAGGCCCAGAAACAGGCUAAGGAGAAAACAGCCGAGGCUGAGAGACACCAGUUCAACUCCAGCCGGAUGCAGGAAGAGGUACAGAAGCUGAAAUUGGCUCUACAAGAGCUCCAGGUGGAGAAGGAGACGGUGGAGCUGGACAAACAGAUGAUCAGCCAGCGGCUACAGAGCCUGGAGCAGGACAUAGAGUCCAAGAAACGAGUCCAGGAUGACCGCUCACGACAAGUCAAAGUUCUGGAGGACAAGCUGAAGCGCAUGGAGGCUGAGCUGGACGAGGAGAAGAACACGGUGGAGCUUCUGACUGACAGAGUUAAUAGGAGCAGAGACCAGAUGGAGCAGCAGCGAGCUGAACUGAACCAGGAGAGAUCCCGGGGGCAGGAUCUGGAGUGUGACAAGAUUUCUCUGGAGAGACAGAACAAAGAGCUGAAAAACCGCUUGGCCAGCAUGGAGGGGCAGCAGAAACCCAGCGUCAAUGUGUCCCACCUGGAGGCAAAACUACAGGAGAUUCAGGAGCGGCUGCAGUUGGAGGAGAGGGAAAAGGCCACCCUACUGUCUACAAACCGCAAACUGGAAAGGAAAUUAAAGGAACUGAAUAUCCAGUUAGAGGAUGAGAGGCUCCAAGUUAAUGACCAGAAAGACCAGUUGAACCUGAGGGUUAAAGCCCUGAAGCGGCAGGUGGAUGAGGCAGAGGAAGAGAUUGAGCGGCUGGAGGGUCUCCGGAAGAAAGCCGUGCGUGAGAUGGAGGAGCAGCAGGAGAUCAAUGAGCAGCUCCAGACCCGGGUUAAAGUUAUGGAGAAGGAAUCCAAGCGCAAGCCCAUCCGACCAGCCCACGAUGACGACCUGAGCUCAGACGGAGAGUUUGGGGGCCCCUACGACCCCAGUUCCAUCACCUCACUGCUCACGGAGAGUAACCUGCAGACCAGCUCAUGCUGAGACACCCUCACAUCCCCAAUAUGUGGCCAGUAAGCCUUGGGCCAGGAAAAGAACCCCCCAAAUGCUUCCAACCCUUCCUGACUGAGGGUCCCACUGUAUAUAAGUCCUGCACUAUAGGGUGGGCUCUUCUUACACUACAUACUGUGGCUGGUAGGCUAUCCUGCUCUUUUCACUCCCCGUGUGGGUUCAGUGCAAUGUUGGGGUACAGUCAGUUUGGGGAUAUUCCCUGAGACUCAGAGAUGUCAUUGUGUCUGGGGGAAGCCCCUCUUUGCCUUAAGGAGGAUCAUUAGGUGCUGAACCCCAACUGUGCCUCGCUGCCCAUACAUCUCUCUGAGAGAACGAGUCGUGCCAGCAAUAGGCCUGUGUCACACAGCUUGCACUCUCAUGUGUGCCACGUUGCCUGCAAGCAUAAUCGGGGGGUUUCUUUUGUCCAGGGGUGGGGGGCCGAGUGCCAGGAACUGUAAGUACUACUUGUGCAAUGUCUUAUGAUGUCAAAUGUCCAUAAAGAAGUGAAUCUGGAUUUGUGGGGUGCAGCCCUGUAUAUAUUCCUAUAAUACAGACAAUUUACUAUAUAUAUAUAUAUAUAUAUUCAUGGCUUUCUAUUCAGGUGCACAACUCCAGCACAACCAGUGGAAGAGGAAUAGUUAAUAUAUGAGUGGCCCGUGGUUACACAGAGGACGGGUGCUGGGCACCCAUUGUAGGUGCGGGGGAGGGGGGUUUCUAUGGAAUGUCGCACCCCACUCUCAGGAAUGUAACUGAAUACUGUUUCUAAGCCGCAAUCUUUUACUCUCAGCCAAGGAACGACCCGACCCAGGGAUCCACUACUACAUACAAUUUGUAUAUUGGUUUCUACUGAUUUCUAUUGGAUCUCUGUAUAAUGCAUCGAUUAUAUGUUAAUAAACCUACUCUGAUUGCU